UUUUUAAAAAACUAAUGAAGAAUGAAAUUUACAAAGAUUACCAAUAGAAACAUCUUCUUAAUUGUUGGAUUUAUGAUCGUGUAUUGUUCGGUACUAUAUCUCUUUAAAUGGCAGCAGAUGUUAAAUUUUGCUCCUAAGGCCACACCACUAUACAAAAAAGAAACGAGGCUUCUACAUGGAGAAUUUGACGUCCAUUUUCAUCAAGCGAUUGAGGAAGAAUUCUGGGACGAUGGUCCGAUAAAUAUCUAUGAAGCUUUUGCUCAACAUUCCUACAAGACUUUAGAUACGUGUAACAAUACUUGUCAUGCAGUUAACCUUGCGUGUACAGUUACAAGUACAAAGGAAUUUAACGGACUAAUAGCAAAAGGUUUGAUGGUACCUAAACCGUUCCUUGCAAGAGGGCAGUAUAUUUUUGAUUGGGAGAAAAAAUAUUUGAGUUAUCCCCCUUUGAACGAUAUUAAAACGCUGCCAGAUUUGAAGUUGUCUAAAGUGACAGUUGAAAACACAAGACAAGGUGUGGUCAGGUGUAAGAUACUUGAAACUAUACACGGUCGUCUGGAUGUCGUGGAUGGGUACGGGCGUCAGAGAACCAAGGGAGACGAUGUAGUCAGGGUUUGGAUGAAGGGCAGUAAUUCAACUGGAUAUGCUGUAGUGGGUGAUGUCUUGGAUCUAAAAAAUGGCAGCUAUGUUUACAAUGUCAAAUGUCUCUGGGCUGGAUUAUCUUCGCACAAUAGGCUUUAA